CUGAGCCACCACCUUCCCGUGCCUGGGUGCCAGGCCCGCUUCCCCUACAGCCAUGAACCAGGCCUUUUGGAAGACCUACAAAUCCAAAGUGCUACAGACCCUGAGUGGCGAAUCUGAGGAGGAUCUGGCAGAGGAGAGGGAGACCCCAGUGUCAGUGGAGUCUGAGAUGGCAGAACCAAAUGAAGAGGACUUCAAUCCCGUCACAGCUGGCCCGCCGGGUGAGUUCUCCUUUCUUCCACCUCAGCUCUGGGAAGCCUGGCAGAAACUGCUCUGGAGUCCUGGGAGGUGGCGCUGGGGCCCCUCCCUGACUCCUGGCCUCUCCCCCCAGGUUCAGGGGGUUGGGAUGAAAGGUUGGCUGACAAUGUCGUCUCUGUUUAACAAAGAAGAUGAGGACAAGCUGCUGCCACCAGAGCCCUGUGCCGACCACCCGCUGGCCGCGCAGCCCGCCUCGUCCGCAGCAGCGGCGACUCAGCCGCGCGGGCCCGGGUUCUGGGACGCGGUCGCCAGCAGGUGGCAGCAGCAGCAGGCGGCGGCGGUGUCCAUGCUGCGCGGCGCGGAACCCGCCCCGGAUCCCGACCCUGAAGCCGGAGACGAGGCCACCGAGCGUCCCGAGCCGCGGGAAGGCGACCCUGCAGCCGGUUUCAAGUGGGGCUUCCUCACCCACAAACUGGCCGAGAUGAGGGUGAAAGCUGCGCCCAAGGGUGACUAGCCGGCCAGCCAGCCAGCCGGCUGCACUGAGCGCCCGCUCCUCCCCUUCGGUGAU